AUGCAUCCUUACGAGUUGUCAAUAUUAAUGAGCUCCUUGGAGAAGGUAAAAUUGGAGCAAGAGAACCCAAGCCUCCUCCAAAUCCCAUACAACCCCUCCAAGGCUCCACCACCACCCCCAACUUCAGCGAAGCAGCCUGCCACAAUGUCGAACCGCGACGAGAUCCCCGAAGAGGCGAUUGAAAUCAUCGACACGUUUCGCAGCAUUGUCUCCACCAGCGCGCACAACCAGCCAGGGAUCAAGGAGGAGCUCUUGGAGCUAUGCUACAAGAUGGAGACGGUUCUGGAGUCCCCGGAUGACUUCAUACAAAAGCUUCGAGCAGAGGUAUGCUUCCUUCCAUCAAAUUGAUGAGACUAACAUACUGAAUGAUUCUGUAGCCAACAAGAUACACCGCUGUAAAGAUUGGCAUUGAUCUAGGCUUAUUCGAGAUGCUGGGGGAGAAUCCUAUCACUGCGGCCGCUUUGGCAGAAAAAUGCGAAGCCGACAAACUCCUGGUUGGUAAGUACUUACGCUUGAGAGCUGUGGCUCAAGUUUAACUGACUUCUAUCUUUUCUACAGCUCGCAUCUUGA